AUGAAACUCUUUAGUGCUAUUUUAGUGCUGGCAGUCGUGGGACUUUCUUCACAAAGGUCUACCCCAGCAGAUGAUCACUACGUGGCGGCGGUAGUUGAAUACAUUGUGAACAACAAUGUAGAAGCCAACAAAGCCAACUAUGAAGCACUCAUAGAGCAAGCUGCUCAACAAAAUGCAGAUGUGAUAGUAUUCCCAGAGCUGACUCUAACUAACGCUACGACCAGUUUCACCGUACCGAUCCAUGGUCUCCUGCGGGAGUACCCGAUACCUGCACUUCGACCUGAUCUCUAUGAUGGACUGCUCGUAACAAUGUCCGCAGCGGCUCGGCGAAAUGCGAUAUAUGUGGUGAUAAAUGGUCGGGAGAGCGUCGAUUGUCGACAGCCGCAACAAGGCGAGGAUUGUCCGGAACAACAGCUGUACAUCUUCAACACAAAUGUUGUUAUUGACAGGAAUGGAUCUGUCAUUGACAGAUACCGGAAAAUUAAUUUAUUUGGGGAAGCAACUCACACGCCAGCAUUAAAGCCUGACUUGGGUGUGUUCACGACAGACUUCGGUGUCACCUUCGGUCAUUACAUCUGUUUUGAUUUAAUGUUCCAAGUGCCCGCCAUUCAAGUCGUCCGGAAACAUAAUAUCAAAGAUAUAAUCUUCAGCACUAUGUGGUUCUCGGAGUUACCCUAUUUAACCGCUGUUCAGAUUCAAGAAGCGUACGCGUAUACUAUGGAUGUCAAUUUCUUAGGAGCUGGCGCUAAUAAUGUGAGAGUAGGCUCCGGUGGGUCAGGAAUAUAUUCGGGAAAAGCCGGUGCUUUGGUAAGCAUCAUGCCAGGAUUGCCUACAACACGGCUUUUAGUAGCGAAAGUACCUAAAGUACCAGGAAAUGUGGCUGAUAAUAAUUACCCAGGCCCGAUCUAUGACAAUCCCUCGGACCAUGACAAUUUGAGAAUGCUCCAGGAUCCAUCGAUUUCCGCGCACGUCACUAGACCCUUAGUGCAGGGAUUACAAGAAUUCACAAUCGUGGACAAAGAUGUCUCCUGCAGGUUUCGAGUAAGGCUUAACAACAAAAGCAAUACGGCUAUUCAGUAUCGUGCCCUUGCGACGGACGGAUCUCACACUUAUUCUCGCCGAGAGAUUGGUGUCGCUUCCUGUUUGCUCGUUGCUUGUAAAAUCGAUGAACCGACAUCUUGUCCAUAUAGGUUCAAUCACACUGAAGAAGCUACAAUAGAAGAACUCGAAAUAGAAAUGAACACAUAUGGCCAAAAGUACAACAGGAGUCUGGAGUGCGAAGAUGUCGUAUAUUUCCCACUAUCAUUUAGAUAUAACAAAUUUCCUCUGAGCCCUGAAAACUUUACUUACGGUUCUACGAAACUAAACAAUAAAUCUGACUUUCCUGAAUGUGAAAUCCCAAGCAAAAAUGACAUAUCUAUUUUUCAAAACGACGUUUUAAAUUUAAAUGCAAAAGAAACAUUAAUAUAUAAAUUAAUUAGAUCUCAAAAUGAGUUAGUAGCUUUUGGUAUUUGGGGCAGACUAUACAAUAGAGAUAAAGACCACAAUAAAGGAGUAACUGAUGAAGAUAUUGAAAAGUUCGAAACUAUACUCAACCAUAUUUAUGGAGAGAGUAUUGAGGCUGGGGCGUUUAGCGGAGUGAGAACAUACAGUGGUCUUGCAAGUGGUGGUACGCGAAUAUGCGCUGUGUUUGCUUGCACUGGAGAAUUUAAAGACACUUGUGGUAAUAGAUUCCAAAUCUACGAAGAUGAAUCCACUGCUAUUUUUGAGGACCUCACAAUAGUGGCCACUAUGCCUAGACCGGUCGUCAUGCCCGACUUCGACGUUGACGAUUCUGUUAUCUUUCCUGUCUCCGCGAGUGUCUCCAUCAUGCCUUUAGAACCUCGAGACUACACUUAUUAUAGGAAUAGCACAGGGCAUGAUAUCGUAUACACUUUGUCCUUGAAUACUGUUUCAGCAGACUUGUAUACCUUCGGAGUAUGGGGGAGGCUGUUCACGAGCGAUGGAGAAGACCCCCAUCCUCCUGUAGAUGAUCCUUCUUCUGCUACAGUUCACCUCUUGAGUCGUAGUUUAUUCAUGUCUAUACUGAUCUGGCUAACUUACUAUCACAAAAUUAAUAUCCAGUAUUGA